AUGUACCACGGAGGAGACUUCAAGUCUCAGCAGGACUCGCUCGAGGAGAAGUUCGAAGAUGCCUUCCCCGGAAUCAACUUCACCAUGGUCGUCGACUACAGCAAGUACCACGACGUGCGCAUCGACAACCAGCAGGAAACCGACACGCUCGUGCCGGACAUCACGGCGCUCCAGACCGCAAAGGCGGGUGAUCUGCUGGAGUACAAGCCGGCCAACUUCUCUAAGAUCUACGAUGGCCUCGUGAACUCGUUCAGCUACAUCUACGACUCGAGCAACCUCGGCGGGCUGGACGCACCCACGUCUUCGUCAGAUCUGCAGUACGGCUGGGAGUGGGCUGCCGCAAUGGCCAACCAGAGCAUCAGCUUCAACCGCGGUUCGCACGUGGCGAACAACCUGGUCACGGCCCAAGAAAAGGUCAUCGGUGUGGGCACCUACGCCGGUGCGUCCCCCAUUGUGUACGUGGGCGGCAACGGCACCGAGUACUUGACGUGGGGCCAGCGUCUCGCUAUCCUGGCCAAGGCGAAGAACCCUGUGGCUGCCAAGCUCUUCAUGAACUGGAUCGUUUCCACGGAGGUGCAGGAGUCCGUGGUGAUGGAGACCGUGCGCACGGACAUCGCUCCGUCUGGAUCGAGCCACCCGUGGGAGAUCCCGGAGGCUAAUCUGGACGCCUUCCCAGCGUUUAUGGCGAACCGCACCGCGGCGGAGCAGUGGCGCCAAACGUUUGCCCUGUACUUCGGAGAGGUGCAAGGUGAGCCGACGCCGGGCUACCAGGUGUCCUCCCCGGACUGUGAGCGUUGUGUCCCGCAGCGGCAAAAGCUUCCUGCAACUUCUCAAUACACGUAG